CACCGAUUGUAUUCCAUCCAUCACUUCCAUCCAUCCCUCCUCCCACUCUUCAAACCCAGAAUCGAGUAACGGUUAAUUUCUUAUCCACUCUCUCCUUUGGCACCGUGGAAGGCAGAAACUUUGCACCGCAUAACGCAGACUGGCAUCUUCCUCCAAGCGAUUCCAAACGACUGAUGCUCUUUCACGCGUUGAGAAAGUGGAGAUGAACCAGUUCGACGCUUAAAGAGAGGCAUUAAAAAAAGUUGUGGAUGGUUACUUUCGCGCACAAAUAUUUAAAGGACUAUUUUGUCUCCAUAAGUUGCAGGGCUGUGCAGGAGCAGGUCAAAUUCUUCCCUCAGCAAACCUAUCCUCCGCAGGCAGGCUGGAAGACCAUCCACCCGGGAGAUCACAGCGAAUCCGAAGAGCGCAGAUGAUCGCAUCUGGUGUUUGUGGCGUCGCGCUGGUGCUGGGGUUGGUGGUUCUGAUUCCGGUGGUGGUGAACUCCGCCGGAACUCCUGCCCGCUAUGAGAUGCUCGGAUCCUGUCAAAUGGUGUGCGACUCCCACGGGACCGCAGCUACGGCUACAGCCAAGGCAACCAACCCGAUCAAAGACAACCGCCUGGUUCAGUCGCUUCCCACGUUCAUUCAGGGUCCUCAAGGAGAGCCGGGACGCGUCGGGAGGAUGGGUCCCAGGGGUUCGAUGGGCGAACCCGGGCCACCUGGACCUGCCGGUCCGCCCGGGGAGAGGGGGCCACCUGGCCCUCCGGGUCUACCGGGGGCACCGGGAGCGAACGGGCCAAACGGUGCCAUCAGUGCAGCCACUUACAACACCGUCCCCAAGAUAGCCUUUUACGCAGGACUGAAGAAGCAGCACGAGGGAUAUGAAAUACUGAAAUUUGACGAUGUUGUUACAAACCUUGGAAACCACUAUGAUCCCUCUAGCGGGAAAUUCACCUGUUCGAUACCGGGGAUUUACUUCUUUGUUUACCAUGUGCUGAUGAGAGGCGGGGAUGGAACAAGCAUGUGGGCUGACCUCUGUAAAAACAACCAGGUGAGAGCCAGCGCCAUCGCCCAAGACGCCGACCAGAACUACGACUACGCCAGCAACAGUGUGGUUCUUCACCUGGAGCCCGGGGACGAGAUUUAUAUUAAGCUGGACGGCGGAAAGGCGCACGGGGGCAACAAUAACAAGUACAGCACCUUCUCCGGCUUCAUGUUGUACGCUGAUUGAAACACGGACAGAUCUGCUGAAGAGACGAGAAAGAGAGAGAGAGAGACUGGGAGGAUAAAAGAGCUUCUCUGCAUAUAGCUUGCUUCACCGCUCGUGCUCAGUUCAAUGUCAGCUGGAUUAUUAGAGGCAGAGCUCACCGUUUCUAUAACUCAAACAGAAUCAGCAGUGAUGUGGAGGAGGUCAUGCAAAAACAGAAAACUGUGCUGGGCAAUAGCGACGAGCUGACAGUGUAAUUACAAAACCAAAAUAACAGUUUUAAUUUGUACAGCACCCACUUGUACCCUUGUCACAUUGAUUAGUGUUGCUCGUGCUCCCUGAAUGAAAUGUCGUGCUUUAUGAAUUAAGUUUGCAGACGGUAGCUCGUGUGGUUACACAUGUCCCUGUAGAUGGAAAGUUUAUAAUGUGAUGACUCACCUAUAGGUGCAAAUAUGAUAUUAUAUAUACAUAUAUAUUCACAUGACCGCUUACAGUGCUGUUAAACCAUUUGUGUGCUUUAUUUAAAGGCAAAAAAAGAGUCACAGUGGGUGAAAUUUGGAUGAAAAUGUUGAAAAGCUGUAGUUAUGCAUGUUUAAUCAAAAUGACGUUUUAACACUGUGCAACAUUAGGAGACUUGACAAGAAAAAACUGUAAAGGGCCAUUCGUACUGAUGCACGAAUUCAUCAGUGUAACUCGUUUUUCUUGCGUGUGUCAACAUGGCAUCUGGUUGAGACAACAUGGUGGUCUGGUGGUUAGUCACAAAACUGGACAGCCACCGCUGACAGAAAUGUUAUAUAACGCUCAUCAAUCUGCUUGCUGAUUAUUAAACUCCUCCAGAGUCGACUGUCAAUUCAGAUGUAAAAUGUAGUGCGGUAUUAAAUUCUCACGCUCACUUUGUAAUCCUCCCCAGAAGAUUAAUCAAAGUUAGAUAGUUGUUCACGCCGCACAGUCAGCUGUGGCGAUCGCACCAUUGAUCAUGUGGCGAAGUCACCCUGCGAGGCCACCUGUUCCCAGAUGAGAGGAGAACAUGUCCUUCAUCCGGGCCUGCCAGCCAGUCAGCCUCCCAUAGACACGCAGACACCCACCGAGGGGCAACAGGACAACUCAUCUAACACAGCCACAUUGUGUCAAGAGCAGAGCAGCAUACUGAUUAGUAAUGCGCUCAUUAUUUCCCUUCCAUAUAACGUGUUUGCAUAAGUGUCGCCUACGAAUACAAAGAGAGCAGCUAUGACAUUGAAAUUACAAAUAACAAUAAAAAAAAUUGAAAAAAA